CUUUACCUGUUUUCGCCCUCUGAGCUGAGAAGGUUUACCCCCGACACGGCGACUCUCCUCCAGCUGUGGAGUGACACCGGGACCGUUGUGAACUUAUCGGGAGGAGCAGCUCAGUACAUGUCGGUUAACGUUUGUAUCCAGAGCCACCGAGCCAGUUGUUAGCCCCGACACAAAGACUGAAGCUCAGCAAGCUAAAUAACCAACACACCGGUCAUAGCUUUGUACAAAUGGAUGCGUUUCAGAAGGUGGAGAAGAUCGGAGAGGGGACGUAUGGAGUGGUGUACAAAGCCAAGAACAAAGUCACUGGAGAGACUGUCGCUCUCAAGAAAAUCAGACUGGACACGGAAACAGAGGGUGUACCGAGCACUGCCAUCAGAGAGAUUUCUCUUCUCAAAGAACUCAGUCACCCAAAUAUUGUCAAGUUGCGGGAUGUUAUCCACACGGAGAACAAACUCUACCUUGUGUUUGAGUUCCUUCAUCAAGAUUUGAAGAAGUUCAUGGACUCUUCGUCAGUCACCGGUUUCCCACUGCCUCUGGUUAAGAGUUAUCUUUACCAGCUGCUGCAAGGUUUGGCCUUCUGCCACUCUCACAGGGUUCUUCAUCGGGACCUAAAACCUCAGAACCUCCUCAUCAACGCUCAGGGUGAGAUCAAGCUGGCUGACUUCGGCCUGGCAAGAGCCUUCGGGGUGCCUGUUCGCACAUACACACAUGAGGUGGUAACACUUUGGUACAGAGCACCAGAAAUUCUCCUGGGCUGCAAAUAUUACUCCACAGCUGUCGACAUCUGGAGUCUGGGAUGCAUCUUUGCUGAAAUGAUCACCAGGAGGGCCUUAUUCCCUGGCGACUCAGAGAUUGAUCAGUUAUUCCGAAUCUUCCGCACCCUGGGCACACCAGAUGAGACCGUGUGGCCAGGAGUAACGUCCAUGCCCGACUACAAACCAUCUUUCCCCAAGUGGGCCCGGCAGGAUUUAUCCAAAGUGGUGCCUCUUCUUGAUGAGGAUGGAAGAGAACUGCUUGGAGAAAUGCUGAAUUAUGACCCAAACAAAAGGUUAUCUGCCAAAAACGCUCUUGCACAUCGAUUCUUCCGUGACGUCACCAUGCAAGUUCCUCAUCUGAGACUCUGAGUUAUGCAAAAUAUUUGGCUAUUUUAACGUCUAAGCAAUAAGGACAUCACUUCAGGCCAAUGACUGGAACGGACAAACAAAGUGGACACUACAGGACGUGUCGUAUAUUUGAUACGAUACUUAAAACCAGUUUCUAGAAGGUAGAUGUCCCGAGAGUUUUGCUGUUUUUUC